AUGAAAAAAUUAAGAUUGCCGCGAAAAAGGGUAAAUCUACCCAUAACGGGUGUGGCAGAAAGUAAACAUAAUGCUGAGUAUGAGCUAACUGUAGUCUUACGGUCGUGCGUAAAUUCAUUUUCGAUAAGUAGGCAAGCACUUGUACUACCAAAAAUAACGGGAUGUCUGCCAGCUAACACGAAUAACUCAUUAAAAUUAUCAAUACCCAAUAACAUAAAACUGGUUGACCCAUAUUUUUAUAAACGCGGUAAAAUAGAUAUAUUAAUUGGAGCAGAUACGUAUUGGGAGAUUAUGUGCAACAAUAUAUUCAAGAUAAGCCCAGCUGGUGUAUAUUUACAGAAAACAAAAUUAGGAUGGAUAGUGGCGGGAGGAACGGCGCGAGGCGCAAACAUUGCACUGAGCAGCUGUAUGCUUACGUGCGCGGAACGCAAUAACAAGCUAUCUGAGCAAAUCGAAAUGUUUUGGAAAACAGAAGAAUGCAUGAUAAAAGAAAACUGGUCAGAAGAGGAAAAACUAUGUGAUGAACAUUUCAUACAAAACACUAAGAGGGAUGAAAACGGAAAAUUUAUUGUAAAACUUCCAUUGAAAGAUAAUACAUUUAGGUAA